ACGAUACAGUGAAGACUUAAUUGGGUCCUUAAAAUCCCUCCGGCUUGUCAGAAAUGCGAGAAGACUUGUUAGAUGGUUCCGUUUUGAUGUUGUUUGAUUAGCUAUUUUCAGAAGACUAGAGAUUUAAUUUUGUACUUUCCAGCAAUUGAUCCACUAUGGCUUUACCCGAGUUUCUUUUCACAUUCAUUUGGGUGGCCGUCCUUCUGUACUUCCUCUGGUAUCUUUUCAUGACCGACUGUGAUACGAUUCUGGCCAUAGCUGAAAAGUUUGGAAAACCGGUUUCUGAUUUUGCUGGUAAGGUCAUAUGGGUGACCGGUGCUUCGACCGGGCUCGGAGAAGCGAUGGCUUACGAGCUGGCCAGUGUUGGGGCGAAAUUAAUUCUUACUGCUAGAAGCAAAGAUCUUCUACAGAAAGUGAAAGAAGAAUGCAUAGAAAGAUCUAAUGGAAAGCUGUCUAAAGAAGACAUUUUAGUUCUUCCUUUUGAUAUCUCCAAUCUCGAGUGCCAUAAGGAUCACGUUGAGAAUGCCAUCAAUCAUUUCAAAAAAAUUGACGUGCUUAUUAAUAACGCCGCAAGAUAUCAAGUUGGUGAGAUUGUGAAAACAGAUACUGAAGUGGACAAAACACUCUUCAAUGUGAAUUACUUCGGCCCCUUAAAUCUCAGCAAAUUGCUUUGCAAACACUUUCUCCAAAAGGGAAGAGGCCACAUCGUUGUCAUCACAAGCAUCGCUGGAAAAGUGGGUAUUCCUUCAACUGCAUCAUAUUGUGGAACGAAACAUGCUCUUCACGGAUAUUUCGAAGCCCUGCGCAUGGAGUACAAUCGAGAUAACAUAACCGUGACGACUGUGUGCCCAGGAAUCUUUAGCUCCUCCAUAUUUGAAAAGACAAUCACAACUUCAACGGAUAAGAUUUUGCAAAAAGAUUACGACCAUUAUGAGUGUGUGAACAUGACAUCUGAAAGAUGCGCUCAUCUCGCCUUGGUGGCAUCCGUCAACAAAUUGUAUGAAUCUUGGGUGGCCUACCAGCCCUUCUUGUUCAUGCUGUGGGGAGCACAAUAUUUGUCAGAUGUAUACAAAAUUGUUGUAGGCUUUCUUUACUCCAAGAAAAGGAUAAACCAACUGUAUGAAGGCAAGUGGCCUCGUGAUCUUCUCGUUUGGCGACCACUUCUUCAAAAUAAAGUGAAGACAGUGUAGAAAGACUACGUGAAGAGGCAGCGAAUUCCUUUUUGUCCAAAGAAAAGGAAUUCGUCGGACUUCUAAGAUACAAAGCCUUAUGUUGAAUCCUUGUAGUGACUUCUGUGAAAUGUGAACAUCUCUAUCAAUUAAUACCUGCAUUGUUAUGAAACUCAUCAUCAUAAAUUCAAUUCUCAUAAAAUCGUGUUCAGUAAUCAGAUUUCUACCAUGUUUGCAUAUUUUAAUUUAACAUGACUUGUUUGAAACCUUGAAAAAGGAGGCAUUUUGUAAUCGGCAUUGAUUUCUUUUUCUUGAUACACAAGAGUCUGCAAAUUUUGUUCUUUUUUUUUAUGAUAAUAUAUAUUUCAAACCA